CCUAAUUUGGUUUGCUGGGCGGGGAGCUGCUGUUCUGAGCUGCUGGUAAAGUCACGGUGCUGAGGAGUUGCGAUCUGAGAUUGUCUACAGCUGGAUGUCCCGGACAAACCAGAGACUAUCUGCAGCCAAGUAUCAGAAAGAUUUAUCUGCCUUCUCUGAGUGGCUGGCCUUAAAAAUCUAAAGGAAGUGACUCCCAAUAGGAAGAGACUCCUAUCUCACAGGAACCAUUCCAGCUUCUUACUUCACCUACCACAUCAUGGCUGUAGUCCUCCACUCCAGCCCCCUCCUAUGGACACGGUUGGCAGCCCUGAUCUUCUCCUGCGUGGCCUUUUCCGUGGCCGUGCAUGGAGGCAGACUCGACCACGGCACCGGAGACUGGUGCAUCUUCUGCUGGGCCUUCAGUUUCGCCGGGACUCUGCUUGUCAUCCUGGUGGAGCUCUUCGGCCUUCAGACCAGGGCCCCUGUUUCGUGGAAGAACUUCCCUAUCACCUUUGCGUGCUACGCCGCCCUGCUCUGCCUGUCCGCCUCCAUCAUCUUCCCCCUCUACUACCUCAAGGGCUCUUUUGGCCCGAGUGAAAUCCGCGACUACCGCAUCGUGUCAACCGUGUUCUCCUGUCUGGCCACCAUCGCCUACAUUACCGAGGUGAGCAUCAGCAAGGCGCGUCCGGGCGAGGUGGCUGGCUACAUGGCCACAGCCCCGGGCCUGCUGAAAGUCUGCGAGACCUUUGUGGCCUGCAUCAUCUUUGUCUUCGUCACCGACCCUGUGCUGUACGACCGCCACGACGCGCUCAAGUACUGCAUGUCCGUCUACUGCAUCUGCUUCAUCCUGUCGGCGGUCAUCAUCCUGCUCUGCAUAGGCGAAUGCACCGGCUGCCUCCCCUUCCCGUUUGCACGCUUCCUGUCUGCCUACGCCCUGCUGGCCGUGGUCCUCUAUCUAUCAGCAACCAUCAUCUGGCCCAUUUUCAACUUUGAUCCCAAGAAUGGCGGAAACAAAAAUAGGCCCUCCAAUUGUAGCACCGCGCGGGGGCUGUGCACGUGGGAUAAGUACAUGGCGGUGGCUGUGCUCACAGCUGUCAACUUCAUCCUUUACCUGGCCGACCUGAUCUACUCCUCCCGCCUGGUGUUUGUCAGCGCUUGAGGGAAGAGAAAGGGUGUUCGGCCAGCAGUAUGCUCCAAAUAAAAUUGAAUUUGUCAGGUUCUCACAGGCUGUCAAACUGCUGUCAAAUACAGUGCUCCAAGGGAAAGGGACUGUAGAGUUCUACUACAACUGGUAUAGUUUAUUGUAUUAUUGUAAUCUAAUCUAACUCCAUUUGUUGUUUGAAAUUUGAAAAUUAAAGGAUUUGAUUCCACUUUAGUUCUGGCACAAUGAAAUAGUAGGAGAAGUAGUAAUGGCCCAAAGAACGACAUGCGUAAUGGUUGACCGAGGAUGUACUGGAGACAAUGUAUGGGGGCAGUGAACAUGGCUUUUAAAGAGAUCGACAAGUUCAGCUGGCCAACCUGGGUAAUCAAACCAAACCCCCCCCCCCACACACUCCCCACACAAACUCCCAGUUUAGCCUCUGCAAACUUGCCAAAUUUGAUUUUGUAAAGUAUACUGCUUAGGACCAUAGAGAGAGAGAAGAGGGAAAGGUUGAGGUCAAUGGCUAUGUUUACACGUACAACAAUAUUCCCUUAAAUUACUGAAGCUUACUGUUCAUAAAUGUCCAACCUUGCUUCCAGUGACCUGGAUAGACUCUUAUCUUGAUUAUGAGAGAUCUGAAUGUGGUUGCUGGAUCUUUGUAUCCAUUUAAAUGGCAGAUCAUUGCCAAUUGUAAUACUCAAAAUACAAGAUUAGUAUAGUAAAGGUGUACAUAAGUAAAGUAAGAUAAGAUUAUUGUAUGUAUUAUGUAUACUGGAGUAAGCUAUUCAAAUAGGAUACAACACCCACAAUACUAUGUGCAUGUAAACAUAGUCUGUAAUGACAAAUGAAGAAAAACCAAAGAAAAUGGCGGCUUGUUAUCAUGUUUUUGUUAUUUUUUUUGGCAUAAGGUAUUUUCCAGUGCUCUGCUUUAAAUUUAUGUUCAAUUUGAUGUCAGUUCUGAAAAAAAAGACUGUCGAUCAGUAUUUCUGUUUUUAACCGCUAAUGGAGGAAAUUUAGAAAAGCUGUAGGGAGCCUAGAACCUGUACCUGUAGGGAGCCAAGAUUAUGUUCUGUUGUAAAAAAUAUCCAAAUGCCAUACAAUUGGAAAUCCAAGACUUUUUAUUUUGUUUUUUGGUGAUUUCAUUAAAGGAAUUGACUGUUUACUUUCCUUAACAGUAUGCAUAGCAGCUGAUUGUAUCAUUUAUCAUUUUUACACGGCUCCAAUGUUGUGAGAAAAAUAGUUUACUUGACGUUAGGGCUAGCUUUUUGCUCCUGUUAUGAUAUAUGUGUAUGUAUAUGUAUCUGCAAGCUACAAUCAAUGGCAAGAAUAUAUAUGUGGAAAGAACAUAUGUAAGAAUGUGCAGUUAAAAACACGAAAAGUAUCUUUAAAGUGCACUUAAUAUUAGUUUUUUAUAUGCGUGUUUGAAUUUGUGGUGUCUCCAAUUAUCAAAGCAUCUGUUAGCGCCAAACUCGCACCACUAAAUUCAUAUUUGUGUCGAUUGGAUCUAUAGUUUUUGUACUGCUGUCGUAAAUACUCUGAGAAAGAGACCAAAAAGAAGUUUCUCUCUCUCUAGAUGUUGUCAGUGUUAUAUUAUAUUCUUUAGCUUUUUUAUAUUCCACUGUUCAUGUUUCAAUUGUGCAUACCACAUCAGUGUUGUAGGAAAACAUAAUCCAGUGUUUCAAUAAAACCACAUGUAAACCAGA